GCCUUUCGCGGAGACGCUUACGCAACAUUUCACCUGCCCUUAGGGUGGCUUCUUGUCAGAACAAGUAGAGUUAAAAUUUUAAAGCUGACUAUAAAAAUGAACCAGAUGAUGAACUUAAUGUCAUGUACAGACCUUAAUUUGCAAGAUAAGAAAUACAGUCCUUGGUAGUCAAUUAAGAUAGAUUUUCACGAGCGUCAAUGGUGCAGAAUCGUAACUUGAUGGAGCCAACAGUGGACAACAUCCCAGAAUUCAAACUUUGUGAUUUUUUCUCGGCUUCAAGCUCAGUGAACGCUAAGUCAGUUGUUCAAUUGAAUAGGAAGAAAGACAUUUCGAACGGAAAACAGAAUUAUUUGCACGUGUGGAUCUUUCGAGGAAAGGUCUCCUAAACGAGUGGUCUUGAUUAUAAAUAUUUAAGGAAUGGUAAAUACAUUAGCCUUAACAUGGCUGUUUCUCGAAGCUCAGUGUUUUCCUACUUGCCUUUUUUCCACGUGAAUCGAGGGCGAUUGAAUAGAUAUAAUAUGCAGUAAAAGAACUUCAGCUGAUAGAAAUUUUAAAUUUCUUAUCUUAGGCUGUGGAUACAAAAUUCAAGUGAAAAGGAAGCCAACUGUGAUUAAUGCUUUUUGUUAAGAUACGUUUUUUUUUGUCACACAACAAGUUACAUAACGUUAAUAUCAUUCUUCUUGAUGCCUUUCCCGGUGUCCCCAAUGCCUUUCCCGAUGCCUCCGUUGGUUAAUAGAGCAUUAAAAGUAUUGUUCCAGUUAAAGCUUGAGGAAAAUUGCUUAACUUUUUAAGUAGCGAAGUGUAACUUGGUAACAUUUCGGCUUUACAACACGAUUGUUUUCUGCAACUACAAAACGUACAUUUAAUUCUUCUUGGUACCUUUCAGAUGCCACCGAUGCCUUCAUUGUUUAUUAAAGUAGUAAAAGAUAUGUUUACAAUCAACACUUUUGAAAAAUUGCUUAACAUUUUAUUUAGCGAAGUAAACUGUUUACAUUUCGGCUUUACAACACGAUUGUUUCCUGAUACUACAAAUGAUCUGUCUCUAUAUGAAUUAUUAAUGUUGUUUCACCGCUGACCACUCGUAUUUGGGUCUUUUUUCCUUUCCCCGCUCGUCGCCCGUGAUGUAGUAACUCCCAACUGAAUUCAAGCUAGUGCGUCGUUAAAUUGUCUUGUCUCUCGCAGAAGAAAGAUGUCGUCAUCGCCUAGGUCGGAGAAUGUAGAGGAUUCACCCAGCGAUAGAACCUUUGAGGAACUUCACAAGCAUAUUAAUGACGUCCACAACAUUCUGAAGCGGGAGACAAACAAGCUUCGCAGGGAGAAGGAAGCUUUUGACGAGGUGGCAAAGAAGCUUGAACAUGUUCACUUCUCGAAGAUUUUGAAACUGAAUGUCGGAGGCCAUAUGUUCACGACAAGUCUAGAGACCAUGACUAAAGAUCCAGGUUCCAUGUUACACGCCAUGUUUUCAAGCAGAUUUGAAACAAAACCUGGUGAGGAUGGAUCUUACUUUAUUGAUCGAGACGGAACCCACUUCCGAUACAUCCUGAAUUAUCUGCGCACGGGGGAGCUCAUCGUCCCUAAUGACGAGAUCAUUCGCAGAGAACUGCUGGCAGAGGCCAAAUUUUAUCAGGUCGAAGGAAUGAUAAACGAGCUGGAACCAACGCCAUCAGCAGAUCCAAUCCCUGUAGCUGUAGUUCAACCGUUCAAGGAUUCAGUGAUUCUCUCGUCCAGUCAGGGGCAGACUUUGAUGAAUUGGUUGAAGAAUACACCGGGCUUUUCCUACAGCGAUGAGCUUUUGUUGUACCGAGCUUCCAGAAAUGGUUGGUAUUCUUCCAACUUUCACUCCUGUUGUGAUUACAAAGGACCAACAGUUACAGUGAUCAAGAGUGGAAAUAACAUAUUUGGAGGAUAUACUGAGCAAAGUUGGCAUAGUAAUGGCUCAUACCAAAGAGCACAAAACUCGUUUCUGUUCAGUCUUGUCAACCCGAGUGGUCUGUCACCAACAAAGAUGCCUUUGAAGAGUGGAAAAGAAGGAAAUGCUAUGUAUUGUGACGAAAGCUAUGGACCAAUAUUUGGAGGUGGAAGUUUUCAUCAUGAUCUUUGUAUUUUCAAUGUACCAAACUCUAGCAAUUGCUCUACAUAUUUGAAUAUCGCUUACCAAUGUCCAUCAGGACAAAAUACUAACACGUUUUUAACAGGAGGUAAGACAUUCACUGUGAGUGAAAUGGAAGUUUAUAGGCUAUAGACGUAAAACGAGCUUUUCCUCGACUGAACCGAGAACAGCUUGUAAACUGCCUCUCGUUCAUUUUAUUUUACAAGUUAUAGUUGCACGAAUACUGUUGACUUGAGAAACAGAAAAAUCAAGACCGUAGAAAAAAUAGUAAUGGAAAAGAUCGUAAUGUGUUUUCGUUUAGUUUGAUGAGUUGCUGAGUUUUGGAAAUAAUUUUUAAAAUCUGAUUAUUGAGAUCUUUCCUCUGUCUAUAACGUAGAUGAUGGUGCGCAAAUAUACAUGUUUGCACUUUUGAUCACAAACAAAUGUUUGUUGAACUUAGGUGUUAAACCAUAGAUAUCAAUCAAUAAAAUAAAAUCAAUAAUCAUAAAAACAAACAAAUAAAAAACAAAAAAAUCAAACAGAGAUUCUUUCCCAUACUUUUGUUUUUGUUAUAGCCUGGUUCUACUUCCCUUUCUCAAAAGCCACGACACUUUGUAUCCACCACAGGUGACUUUUUCGACCAUAAUGCUACAAUAUUGGAACGGUAUAUGACAAGGUAGGGGGGGUUGGGAGGAAGCUAUUCUUAUAUUCUCUCAAACGAAAACAGUCGAAAUGAUGCUCUCUAAACCUGUUGCAAAGCAAUCUCACAGGACAUUGUCAGCGAAUAGUUCCAUUGCACAACGACGAGCAUUUUGCGCCGUCACUUUGUGUUUUCAAGAAAAACAUGGCGGUCACCGUGGUGAAUUGCGAGAUUCUGUCAAGCUGGUUAGUUUUGAUUUACAAAACUGAAAUAAAGGUGUGAAUUGGUCACCGUCAAGAGAAUCUUAGGAUAAUCUUCCGAGUAUUAGUCCUUCGCCAAGGGAAAAAAAAUAAUGAGGCAGUUAGCAUGCCUUUAACAUGACGGCGAGUGGUGGUGCAAAGUUUAGCCGUUGUUUAACAAAACCGCCUCCUAAACAAUCCUCAAUUUAGCUGAACUUUUUAUAUAAACAUUUAUUAUUGUGAACAGUGUCAAGAGGCUAAAAGCUAACAGUAGAAGGACAUUUACUUAAUUAAAUCAACCCUCUCAUAACGAAAGCCCGAGACUUUUUUCCCCCAAACGCUUUCAAACCUAGACGACUGCAGAUUCUUUACACAGCGACGUCAAAAGACCAACACGUCACGUACCUGGUGACCGUGCUGACAAAAAAAAAACAAAAAUUACUGCGCC